UCUGGAACCAAGUGUUCUUCACUCAUCUCAGCUAGCUUCUCUUCUUGCUUAUCCCUCCUGGUGAACCAGUUCUUCAUCCCUCGCUACUUAAAAGAUGUCUUACCAGAAGACCCAGCCCACACCCCAGCCCCCAGUAGGAUGUGUCAAGAUCUCCGGUGGCGGCGGCGGCGGCGGCUCAGGGGGCGGCGGAUCUGGUUGCGGUGGGGGUAGCAGCGGUGGUGGCAGCGGCGGCGGCGGCGGCGGCUACUGCUACUCCAGCGGCGGUGGUUCAGGUGGCGGCGGAUCCGGCUGUGGUGGCGGUAGCAGCGGUGGUGGCAGCGGCGGCUACUGCUACUCCAGCGGCGGUGGCGGCGGCGGCAGCGGCGGCGGCGGCUGCUACUCCAGCGGUGGUGGUUCCAGCGGUGGUGGCGGCUCCUCCGGCUGCGGUGGCGGCUCCGGCGGUGGCUCCUCCUACUAUCCCAGCCAACAGAAAUACUGCGGAAGCAGCGGCGGCGGCGGCGGCGGCAGCUCCGGCGGCUCCGGCUGCGGCGGAGGCUACUCUGGAGGCGGCGGGGGUGGCUCCAGCUGCGGAGGCGGAUACUCCGGUGGAGGCUCCAGCUGCGGAGGCGGAUACUCCGGUGGAGGCUCCAGCUGCGGAGGCGGUUCCGGGGGCGGUUCUAGCGGCGGCUCCAGCUGCGGAGGCGGCUCUGGCGGCGGCUCUGGCGGUGGCUACUACUGCGGCGGCGGCGGCGGCGGCGGCUCCAGCGGCGGCGGCGGCGGCUACUCUUCUCAGCAGUGCGUCCAAGCUCCGUCCCAGCAGAGCAGCGGAGGGGGCUCAUACGGGGGCUCCUCCGGCUGCGGAGGCGGCUCCAGCGGUGGCUCCAGCGGUGGUGGCUGCGGCUACCCCAGCGGCGGCGGCGGCUCCUCUGGCUGCGGCGGCGGCUCCAGCGGUGGUUCCAGCGGUGGUGGCUGCGGCUACCCCAGCGGCGGCUCCUCUGGCUGUGGCGGUGGCUCCGGCGGUGGUUCCAGCGGUGGUGGCUGCGGCUACCCCAGCGGCGGCGGCGGCGGCUCCUCUGGAUGCGGGGGUGGCUCCUCCGGGGGCAGCGGCGGUGGCUCCUCCGGGGGUGGCAAGGGAGUUCCCGUGGCCCACCAGACCCAGCAGAAGCAGGCACCUUGCUGGCCAUCCAGCAAGUAAACCAUCCUGCCCAGCACCCAGAGGAAUGAGCACAAAGUUUGCUCUUGCUGUAGCCUAAAGGUUUACAGUUCUCAUGAUAUUGCCUUAAAAUUUCCAAAUGCCUUCAAUUCUUCCCCAGUCUCUAAAAGGAAGGGUCUCCUUUCAGCUGCCCUUUAACCUCAAUGGCAGUUCCAACACCUGUGUCUUAUUUUCCGGGAUAUUUAACCGGACUGGGAAAUGUCAUCAUCCCAUCCACAGACCUUUCACCCUAGUUUCUGUACCAUCUUCUUAUUUUGCCUUAAGCUAAUAAACUUGCAAUUCAUGAGAA